AUGCCACCCCGCACCGACAAAGUCUCACCGGGAGAUAGCCCUCAUGGGGACUACCUACCCAUGGAAGACUAUGGUAUGAUUGGUAACAUGCAUACUUGUGCCCUUGUGGGUAUGAACGGCUCGGUAGACUUUAUGUGUUGGCCGGACUUCGACUCGCCCAGCGUCUUUUGUCGCCUCCUUGACAAAGACAAGGGAGGUUUCUUCAGCAUCUCCCCUCCCUCCCCAAUGCCUUGUGCCACCAAACAGCAAUACCUGCCCUCGUCCAAUAUCCUCCAAACCCGUUAUAUUCACGAUGAUGGAGUUGUCGAUGUCGUUGACUUCUUUCCGCGCCCUAAGACGGCCUCUGUCAUAACAAAGGGAGGGCCUCGGCAAACUUCUUUUCGCGAAACGUAUCGGAUCCAAGAGGAGCUGAAGAGGUGGCUCGUUCGCCGGGUCGAGUGUAUUCGCGGCGAGCUUGAGCUUGUCGUCGAGAUCUUCCCCGCUUUCCACUACGCCCUGGAGUCACACGUCACUACUUUGCUUCGAGCAGAACUAGGAGAUGAGAGCAAGGUCGCUACGUUCCGUAGCGCAAGCACCAAACUGCAGCUCGACGUAGUCGUCGAUCGCGGCGACGUGGAUGGCGGCGAAGAGCCCUACGUCUGUUUCCACACAGAAAAACGUAAUGGAAUGCUUGGUGAAGGACUUGUGGCACAUAUCAAAGUCCAGGAGGGCCAGGCAAUCUCCUUUGUCCUGCGAGAUGAUAUACCAAAUCAUGUGACAAAGAACAUCGGCACCGAAGUGCUCGAUCGGCAGCAGCACGAUACUCAGUCGUUCUGGUAUCACUGGAUCUCCCAGAGCACAUACAAGGGUCGAUGGCGAGAGGUUGUUCAGAGGAGUCUCCUGAUACUGAAGAUGUUGACGUACGAGCCUACCGGAGCCAUUCUUGCAGCUCCCACCUUCUCCGUUCCAGAAGCCAUUGGUGGUACAAGGAACUGGGACUACCGCUACUCUUGGGUUCGAGAUGCCAGCUUCACCAUCUACAUCCUCCUUCGCUUGGGCUAUUCACAAGAGGCUGAUGCCUACAUGCGCUUUAUCAAUGAGCGCCUCGAAAAGUCGUUGACCCCAGACGGAGGCCUGCCCAUCAUGUUCACGAUCCGUGGCGAGACAGACAUACCAGAGAUCGAGCUUGAUCACCUUGAGGGCUACAGGGGGAGCAGCCCAGUUCGCAUUGGUAACGGCGCGGCAUUCCAUCACCAGUUCGACAUCUAUGGGGAGCUCAUGGAUGGUAUCUACCUCUACAACAAGUACGGCAAGCCAGUCAGUUGGGACCAGUGGUGCGCCGUCAGGCGCAUGCUUGUCCUAGAUUACGUCUUGACUAUCAAAGACGAGCCCGAUAUGUCCAUCUGGGAAGUCCGGAACAACAAACAGCAUUUUGUCUACUCGAAAAUCAUGCUCUGGGUCGCCUUUGACCGCGGGUUGCGUCUGGCUGAGAAGCGUAACCUUCCCUGCCCCAAUCGCACCAAAUGGCUCGCGGCAAAAGAUGGUCUUAUGGAGGAGAUCAUGGAAAAAGGUAGGUACAACACGGAAAUGAAAUGUUUCGUCCAGAGCUACGAGAACAAUACCCUACUGGAUGCAUCCAUCCUCAUUGCGCCGCUCGUCUUCUUCGUCGCUCCGAACGACCCUCGUUUCCUCAACACCAUGGACCGAAUUCUACUACCUCUCGAGAAAGGUGGUCUGACAAGCGCGGGGUUGGUCCAUCGCUACGAUACGGAACUUGCAGACGACGGGGUCGGCGGCCACGAGGGCGCAUUCAGCAUGUGCACCUUCUGGUUAGUCGAAGCUUUGACGCGGGCUAGCGUCCACGAACCGCGCUACCGUGCGCGUGCUGUUAAUAUGUUCGAGAACGUCCUCAGCUUCUCCAAUCAUCUCUGCAUGUUCUCGGAGGAGAUUGCUCGCACUGGAGAACAGCUCGGGAACACGCCGCAGGCUUUCAGUCACCUGGCGCUCAUCAGCGCUGCGUUCAAUCUCGAUCGCGUGACCGAAGGCAAGCAUUAG